AUGUCCAUGCAAGCACUUGUGCCAUUCUUUGAAGGUUUGGCAGUAGAAAAUACCAAGCCCAGUAUGCUUGAUAUAAUGAAGAUUAUCAGGAAUAAGGCACCGAAAGUGGAGGGUGGGGCAUUUAGAGAAAUUCUACAGGUGAACUCUGAUAGACACUUUUUAAUCAGUAAACACGAAGGCGGACAUUCAUCUGAUGUUGGGAAAUUUUGGUUCGGAAUAUUUGGGACAAGAAUUUAUGAUCUGCUGGGAGAGAAUCCAAGCCUUCCAGCAAUUUUAUAUAGUCCAGGUUCUAUAGCCUCACUAUGGAAUAGCCUGAGCGCAACGGCAAAAGAACAUGAUUAUUUGAGCAUAAACUGUGCGUCUCAAGGGACUAUUCACAUAAAAAGAGCUACCUAUGGGUUAGGUGGUCGGUGGACUUAUGGGACAUCUCAAAUGAGAAGCAGGUGUAACUACAUGGAUGCCUGUUCGGUAAAGGCCGACAAUGCUAUAUUUUCUGAUCCAGCCGUAGGAGACAAGAAAUUUUUAAAUGUAGAUUACACAUGUGGACCUAGUAUCGCUGAUGAAAUCGGCAUUUAUGUAAAAGCAGAAGAUCAAUCCAAAAUACAAAACUGUGUGGAAAUUGACUUGGACUGCUAUCUCUCUCCACAUGGUCAUUGCAAAAGAUGCCACCCGGCGUUACCUGUGGUACUGUACAAUGGGAGCAGAGAGUGUGCCUGGUUAUGUUCUCAGGAAAACAGACAGUGCUGGCCCGGGUCAUGUGGCUCUGAUAAUGUCGCUCACCAUUGUCAGUGCGACGAAGGAUUUUCUACCGUAAAAAAUGCAGAUCAAGCAAAAUGCAUAAUGACCCGCAAACCAACUAUUGUAACCUGUUUCGUUGGUAUACAUGGAAGAAACGGAGAACACAGCAUUCUGAAAAAAAUAAAUUCGUCUUCAGCUUGCCAAGACCAACGAGACAAUUUCAUAAAAUUUCAGGCUACAAAGACAGAUUUUACCUUACAAUAUACAUUUACCAUCAAACCAACCCACCCAAAGCCAACGUUCAUAACAGAGUAUAAAUUUGGAAUAGGAGGUGGAAGUCUUUCUCUGUACUGGAAACGAACCGUAAAAGAAUCAAGACAAAUGCUAUUUGGUGAAAGACUCGCUGACCACGUCGUGGGAAUUAACCGUCUUGAAGAUACUGUCAACGUUAAGAACAACGAUACAACAUUACCAAAUAUUACCCUUGAAAAUGGAGAUGGGCUUUGCUAUACGUUUUUGGCUGUUGGAAAAGGAUAUCUUCAAACCACAGUUUUACAUGAUCCGAACAAGCCACUACCUAGAGAGUACUACAAUGAAACGGUGACAACAAGAGAAUUAUGUUUUUGGUUCGACAAUUUACAACCUCUUCAUUGUAAGGUCACUAGAGAAUGUAACAAUUUAGACGUUAUUCAAAUUCCAAACUCAAUAACAAAGUCGCCAUUUGUUACAGUUGGAAUAAAAGGUUGGAAAGAUAUGGAUAAUUUCAAAGGCAAACAUAUAAACGCAUCAGGAAUAUCAGAAUACGAAAUAACUGUCUAUGGAAUACAUGGUGAUGGUGCUUUGUUGAAAGCUGAUAUUUCAGCUGAUAAAAGUAAUACAAGAACAUCAAACACACCAACGCCUAUGCAUAUUGAGUUAUCUACUUGUGGACUUUACGAGAUCCACCUUGAAAUUAAAGAUAACUCUGGAGAAGGAAAUGUUCAAAUAGCAAGAAGAUUUGUGCUAUUUGACAAUUGCUCUGAUGUUCAUAAAGAUCCUCAAAAGAAUCUUUUUAUUGCGACGGCAGAUCUUAGUUCUAGCAGAACCUGGCAAACACAGAAAACUGAACUUUGCUUUGACUGGACCGGCCGAUUUUAUAACACUUUACACAAAAAGACUAAUCUUCUCAAACCGAUUGAACGAAAAUCUUUAAUUGCAGAGGAAUACGAAGACAACGAAUAUCCCUUGCCCAGAAAUGGCACCGUCAAUUUAGACGGCAUUAUAGAGUUUAAUUUCACAAUAACUGUAAAUGGAAAUAAAAGAAUUAUAAACCAGAUGCAUGAAAAUGUAAUGAUGCCGAAACACUGUACCAACUUGACUCUCCUGGACGGGGAUUCUGUUUCUGUUGAUGUUUUUGCUACUGACAUAAUGGGUAACUCUAAUAACGACUCGGUUACGGUUCAUAUAGACACCUCUGUUCCAGAAAUUACCGACAUGGGCUUAAACAAUGGCGAUUUUAAAGGACUUUUUGUUCACAAUGCUAUUGAGCUAUCAAAAAUGAAGAUGAUUUUAACUAUUCAAGACCUCCAUAGUGGACUGAGGUCCAUUCAGUGGUAUUUUGGAACAACGUUAGGUGAAAUGGAUAUUGGGAACGGAUCUUUAGCAGUAAAUCGUCUACCUAAUGGCAAUGACUGUAACAACUAUACAAAGUGUUAUUGUCCAUCACUUGGCCCCGGUGAAAUAUCAACAUACAGCAUAGAUAUGUCAAAACUGAUGCACAACAAUAAGAACAUUGGACAGCACAAUAGAGAUUACUUUUUUACUUUUGUCGUCACAAACAACGCCUUUUUGCGAACUAUUGAUCAUGUGGAUAUCCUCGUUGAUGAAUCGGCCCCUGUAAAAGGAGUGGUUAUGGAAGGUGCCCCGGAAGAAAAGGAUAAAGAUUUUACCAACGAAAACAAUACCCUUUUAAACUGGAAUGGAUUUAUAGACCAUGAGAGUGGGAUACGAUUGUACCAGGUAGUCAUGUUCUCUAGAUGCCUCGGAUCGUAUGAAAUUUUAGAUGUUGAACUAAAUGAAAGCAUGGUUGCAGUUAAUACAACAAAAACGUCUAUUCGUCUUUAUUUCCCAAAGAAAGGAAGGUAUGUCGCAUCCGUGAUUGCAUUCAAUAACGCAGGUGAACGUUCCGAUGUUGCAUGUUCUGAUGGUAUAAUGUAUGACUUGUCCCCAGUUCAAAUUUUUAACCUGACUGGUCAAAGGUUUACAACAAGGAAGGGUAUAGCAUGUGAUGAAAACGACAAUCCUUUCCUCAUUUUGGAUAAUCUGUCAAAGAUAUCAUUGACGAAUUCUUCGCGGUGCACUCAAAUUUGUAGAAAUUUUACAUUUCCUGGGUUUAUAAAAAAUUUACCGCAAGUUUCCAAUCGAUCUGCAGAUGAGGCAUACUCUGAAGGAAUGUGUGAAAAGGUCUCUCCCUUCAACAAUCGAGAAAUUUAUGUUCCUUCCGAUAAGAUCGAAGUUUCAUGGGAAUUUCGUGAUUUGGAAUCUCAGCUUGAUGACUUUCUCGUAGGAUUUGGCAUCUCAGAUUCGGAAUAUCUCAGUCCUUCUCUUGUUUCAUACACUAAAACAUUAGGACGACCAAAAUAUAUAAAUUAUCACCCAGGGUUACGAAGUGCAGAUAUAUUUUGGUUGUAUAUCAAAAGCAUAAACAAGGCUGGAGUUGCGGAAACUGUUAGAGUAGGACCAAUGAUUAUUGAUUCUACACCAGUUGUUUUUGUUAAAGAACUAGACUUGGUUAUUGAAAAUGGAAAUAUUUAUAUUGGAUGGCAAAAUGAUACAUUCAUUGAUCAGGAAGAGAUAGAUCCAGUGAAAUCUAUUCUGUUUCGAAUAGGUAAGGGGUCUAAAUUCGUCACCCCUUUUCUGCAGCAUUACAGUAAAAAUGAUUGUCCACGAUCUAACAUGGCUGACUGUAUUAUAUACCCUAUUCAACGUCUUCAUCUCUCAAAAACAGAAAACUCGGCCGAGUAUGUGGUAGAAAUAAUAGUUACCAACAAAGCAGGUCACAUUGCGAGUGCAAAGUCAAAGUCAUUUCGGAUUCCCUCUCAAAUUCCCCCCGGACCUGGUGUUGUUAUUGAUACUGAUUCUGUAGAGUUUUCCGAUCUGGAUUAUUUACUGUAUCCAUCUAAACUGUGUGUAAAAUGGAAGGGAUUUGAACACCAUGAAAAUAUCACGUUUGAAGUUGGAAUCGGAACGAGAAAGGGUAAAGAUGAUGUUGUUUGUUAUACACAAUCGUCUUCAAAAGAAAGCCAUUGUUUUGACACAAAUGUCUUCGAACCUUUUGUGAAGUAUUAUUCUCUUGUAAAAGCCAGUUCCUACGGAGGAGAGACCACUGUUUCCUCUGAUGGAGUAACAUUUAUUGAUGAGAAAAAUUUAACGUCAAGCAUUCAAGUAUAUGAUGGUAAAGGAUGUCCAAAAGACACUCCCAAAAAUAUCAAUUUAAAUAGGGUAGGCUCUAUGAAAGGAUUUGAAGUAACAUUCAAUGAAGCAUUGAAAAUUGCUUAUGAGGAAAAAUCGGGGGUCUGA